AUGCGUUCUACCAUCUCUCACGGAUUAGCCAUUGUCGCCGUGAUGGCACAGGCGGUCAACACCCUCGACCUCCCGGAGUACGUCGGGCUCAAGACGUCCCAAAACGCCAGCGUCCUCACGGUGACGUUUCACAACCCGUCGUCCCCCAUCAACCUGUGGAACCAGGACACCCAAGACGGCCUGACCGACCUCGUCUCCCGUCUCCAGGGCGAUAACGAGACCAAGGUCGUCAUCUUCAACAGCGACGUGCCCAAGUUCUUUAUGGCUCAUCUCGACCUCGCCAUGCCCGCUCUUGCUAACCCCGAGUUCGCCGAGACUUUUGGGACUCUCAUCUACAACAUUUCGAGACUGCCGCAGGUCACGAUUGGUGCCGUUGAGGGCCGGGCUCGCGGCGCAGGCAACGAGCUCCUCGUGUCUCUCGACAUGCGCUUCGCUACCAAGGGUGAGAGCCUCUUCGGCCAGCCCGAAGUCGGCAGCGGCCUGUUCCCCGGCGGGGGCGGCAGCCAGUUCCUCCCGGGCCUGAUCGGUAGGGGGCGGGCCAUGGAAUACGUACUUAGCUCGAGGGACAUCACGGCCGAGGACGCCGCGGCGAUUGGCUGGAUCAACCGCGCCUUCGACACGUCAGCCGAGAUGUACGGCUUCAUCGACCAGCUGGCGCGGCGCCUCAGCCUGUUCCCGUUGUCGGCCCUCAGCGGUGGAAAGCAGACCAUCAACCGUGCCUCGGCACCGUCUCUCGAACAGGUCGUUGCGGACGGCAGAGAUUUCUUCAAGCAGCAGGCGCGCCCUGAGGUACAGGAUAUCGGACGACGCUCGGCGGAGCUGUAUGGGAACACAUCUGCUGUAGACUUGGAACUAAACCUUCCUGAUACCAUCCCGCGCUUUUACGAGUAA